AUGUCGGCAGCCGCGCUCUACGUGAUCCCAUUACCCCGGUGCAGCGCUCCAGACAUCAGCCGGCCUCCUCACGGGUCUGUCCUCGGCCUGCACCGUCAGGGACUGGAGAAGCAGCCUGCGGCUGAAGUGGUCUCCCCUCCUGUAGCUGUGAGUGAAGUGGUCGCCCCUCCUGUAGCUGCGGCUGAAGUGGUCGCCCCUCCUGUAGCUGCGGCUGAAGUAGUCGCCCCUCCUGUAGCUGUGACUGCGGCUGAAGUGGUCGCCCCUCCUGUAGCUGCGGCUGAAGUGGUCGCCCCUCCUGUAGCUGUGAGUGAAGCAGUCACCCCUCCUGUAGCUGUGAGUGAAGCAGUCGCCCCUCCUGUAGCUGCGGCUGAAGCGGUCGCCCCUCCUGUAGCUGUGGCUGAAGCGGUCGCCCCUCCCGUAGCUGUGAGUGAAGCGGUCGCCCCUCCUGUAGCUGUGACUGCGGCUGAAGCAGUCGCCCCUCCUGUAGCUGUGGCUGAAGUGGUCGCCCCUCCUGUAGCUGUGGCUGAAGCAGUCGCCCCUCCUGUAGCUGUGACUGCGGCUGAAGCAGUCGCCCCUCCUGUAGCUGCGGCUGAAGCAGUCGCCCCUCCUGUAGCUGUGGCUGAAGCAGUCGCCCCUCCUGUAGCUGCGGCUGAAGCGGUUGCCCCUCCUGUAGCUGCGGCUGAAGCGGUCGCCCCUCCUGUAGCUGUGGCUGAAGCGGUCGCCCCUCCCGUAGCUGUGAGUGAAGCGGUCGCCCCUCCUGUAGCUGUGACUGUGGCUGAAGUGGUCGCCCCUCCUGUAGCUGUGGCUGAAGUGGUCGCCCCUCCUGUAGCUGUGGCUGAAGCGGUCGCCCCUCCUGUAGCUGUGGCUGAAGCAGUCGCCCCUCCUGUAGUUGUGAGUGAAGUAGUCGCCCCUCCUGUAGCUGUGACUGUGAGUGAAGUGGUCGCUCCUCCUGUAGCUGUGGCUGAAGCAGUCGCCCCUCCUGUAGCUGCGGCUGAAGCGGUUGCCCCUCCUGUAGCUGCGGCUGAAGCGGUCGCCCCUCCUGUAGCUGUGGCUGAAGUGGUCGCCCCUCCCGUAGCUGUGAGUGAAGCGGUCGCCCCUCCUGUAGCUGUGACUGCGGCUGAAGUGGUCGCCCCUCCUGUAGCUGUGGCUGAAGUGGUCGCCCCUCCUGUAGCUGUGGCUGAAGCGGUCGCCCCUCCUGUAGCUGUGGCUGAAGCAGUCGCCCCUCCUGUAGCUGUGACUGUGAGUGAAGUGGUCGCUCCUCCUGUAGCUGUGGCUGAAGCAGUCGCCCCUCCUGUAGCUGCGGCUGAAGCGGUUGCCCCUCCUGUAGCUGCGGCUGAAGCGGUCGCCCCUCCUGUAGCUGCGGCUGAAGCGGUCGCCCCUCCUGUAGCUGUGGCUGAAGUGGUCGCCCCUCCCGUAGCUGUGAGUGAAGCGGUCGCCCCUCCUGUAGCUGUGACUGUGGCUGAAGUGGUCGCCCCUCCUGUAGCUGUGGCUGAAGUGGUCGCCCCUCCUGUAGCUGUGGCUGAAGCGGUCGCCCCUCCUGUAGCUGUGGCUGAAGCAGUCGCCCCUCCUGUAGCUGUGACUGCGGCUGAAGUGGUCGCCCCUCCUGUAGCUGCGGCUGAAGUGGUCGCCCCUCCUGUAGCUGUGAGUGAAGCAGUCACCCCUCCUGUAGCUGUGAGUAAAGCAGUCGCCCCUCCUGUAGCUGCGGCUGAAGCGGUCGCCCCUCCUGUAGCUGUGGCUGAAGCGGUCGCCCCUCCCGUAGCUGUGAGUGAAGCGGUCGCCCCUCCUGUAGCUGUGACUGCGGCUGAAGCAGUCGCCCCUCCUGUAGCUGUGGCUGAAGUGGUCGCCCCUCCUGUAGCUGUGGCUGAAGCAGUCGCCCCUCCUGUAGCUGUGACUGUGAGUGAAGUGGUCGCUCCUCCUGUAGCUGUGAGUGAAGUGGUCGCUCCUCCUGUAGCUGUGGCUGAAGCAGUCGCCCCUCCUGUAGCUGCGGCUGAAGCGGUUGCCCCUCCUGUAGCUGCGGCUGAAGCGGUCGCCCCUCCUGUAGCUGUGGCUGAAGUGGUCGCCCCUCCCGUAGCUGUGAGUGAAGCGGUCGCCCCUCCUGUAGCUGUGACUGCGGCUGAAGUGGUCGCCCCUCCUGUAGCUGUGGCUGAAGUGGUCGCCCCUCCUGUAGCUGUGGCUGAAGCGGUCGCCCCUCCUGUAGCUGUGGCUGAAGCAGUCGCCCCUCCUGUAGCUGUGACUGCGGCUGAAGUGGUCUCCCCUCCUGUAGCUGUGAGUGAAGUGGUCGCCCCUCCUGUAGCUGCGGCUGAAGUGGUCGCCCCUCCUGUAGCUGCGGCUGAAGUAGUCGCCCCUCCUGUAGCUGUGACUGCGGCUGAAGCAGUCGCCCCUCCUGUAGCUGCGGCUGAAGCAGUCGCCCCUCCUGUAGCUGCGGCUGAAGCAGUCGCCCCUCCUGUAGCUGCGGCUGAAGUGGUCGCCCCUCCUGUAGCUGCGGCUGAAGCAGUCGCCCCUCCCGUAGCUGCGGCUGAAGCAGUCGCCCCUCCCGUAGCUGCGGCUGAAGCAGUCGCCCCUCCUGUAGCUGUGAGUGAAGCAGUCGCCCCUCCCGUAGCUGCGGCUGAAGCAGUCGCCCCUCCCGUAGCUGCGGCUGAAGCAGUCGCCCCUCCUGUAGCUAACUGUGACUGCAGCUUCGGCUGUGAAUGGAGGAAGAGACGUGCAGCUCGGGAGGAUCACUCCGUUAUUACGACCUCGGGUGGAGCCGAGACACCAAUCAUUAUGGCGGUGACUCAGCCAUGGCUCUACCCCGGUUAUUACACGUGCCGCGCCCGAGCCGCCAUCAUGUGCCUCUCCGGGGGCAACCAUACUGAAAUGUGA